AUGGAAGAGUACCGACUAGAAGAUUCAGAUCACGAAGCAGCUGACAACUAUGACUUGAAUCAACAAGAAGAAGUUGAAAAUUGUGGAGAAGAAGAGACUGAUCACAAUCUGGAUGGAGCCGCUCCAGACAUAGCCAAUCAUGAGUUGGUCACGGCUGAGUCUUCAACUCAGAAACCGGUACGUCAAAGAACACGCCCGUGUGUGGUCCAGAAGAGGUAA